CUCCGGAUUAGUUAGUGAUGACACCCCAUAUGUGAACUCUAGCACUUAGAGGCUGCAUUCAUGAUGGAGAGAUGUUAGGGAUUGAGAGAUUAAGCAUGCGCAUUUUUCGCAUCAUAUUGUCCUGACCCCACUGGUCGAGAGUGAGCGAUUCGUUUUCUUUUAUUCUCUAUACUCUUUAUCCCGGUGAGGACCUAGAUUGCUCGGUCUUAAUUCUGAUAUCUUGAACUUUGUGCAUGAUGUGACUGUUUUGAACAAGUGGUUGAGUCAAGUCUAUGUUGGUUGGUGAACAGAAGGGAGACUCUUCCUUUGCUCGAUUUUACUGCAUUCGAAUGUCAUCUGUGGUGGUUGUCUAGGUUGUCAUUGAAGUUGUUCAUGUGUUACUGAUCGAAAGCCAGUAUGAUCCAUGUGUUUUGUGCCGAUAUGUCAUGCCUUGUUGUUUUGAGCUUACCUUGUGUCUGACUUGGUUUGUUUGGGGACAAGCAAACGGUUAAGUGUGGGGGGAUUUGAUAACGAUGUAAUUGCAUGUAUUUGCACCCCUAAUUCUUAUCCGUUUGAGAGGCAUAGUCGUGUAUUUUGACCUAUUUUACGCUGGGUUGUGCUAUUUUGUCAUAUUUCAGGUCCCAGGCGUCAAAGGAAAGGCUAAGCACGAGUUUCGGGGCAUUCGGAAGUCAUUUCGGUGAGCUGGAGCCAAAACACGGGUAGACCUAAAAUAGAACACGGCCGUGUUCUGUGGCCGUGCUUUUACUGCCGAGAGCAAAGUCUAGUUGGGCAAAUUUUGGCUAAAAACACGGGUUGGAGCACGGCCGUGUCCAUCAGCAACCACGCCCGUGUUUCGCCCAAUGCACUGGCCGUGUAAUUAACCCUAGCCAAAACACGGGCGGGCUGAGGCAUUACACAGCCGUGCCCUCGACCGUGUUUUGGCCACUGAUGCCCUUUUAAGCAGAUUUUCAGCCAAAGAGAAGGGGAUUGGAGUUUGGAAAGAGAUAGAGUGAUUCCUAGAGAGAGAAAGUGACGAACAAGAGUCUCCAAGUGCCCUAGAUUGAUCUUCAACACCAUUGGAGGCCAGCUUGAGCUUGGAGAAGUGCCGAUCAACGUCCAGGAGCAGGAAUCCAUCCUUCACAGUAUGAAUUCCGCGUCUGAUUCUGCUUUUGCUUCUUUCUCCAUGGAGUAGUUCUCCCAUUCAUCUGGGUAUGGAGAACCCUAGAUUUGUAUGUUAGGCUUUGAUUGUAUGAACCCAAGUACUGAUUCUAUGAUUUGAUUAUAUUCGAUUGAGGUUUUAAUGAUUGAAUGACUUGAAUCCUGAUCAAAUUCCUGUUGUUUCUGCUUUGACCUAGAAUGAGAAUAUCUGCCUAGGUUGAUAGAGCAUCCUUGAUUGAAGAUAGGGAGUUGGUGACUUUAGUCGAGGAACCAACUCACUAUUAUGUACCGGAUUCACUCCGGUAGUGGAGGUUUUGUUUGUUAAGGCCUCAAUCUGUUUACUCCGGUGGAGGUUAGUCACCCGCUAGAGACUCGGAUUGAGAGGGUCUGAAGACCUUUAGUCGAGACUUCAGGCUGUUUAAGAACCUUCCGCAGUAUAACUUUCAUAGAAACUGAACUUGGUAAUUGCAAUCCGGCUUAACUGCAGUCUAGGGGGAACCAUAUCCGGGUGACCUCUCUUAACUUGAAUACAACCGUUUACUUGCUUUGUUUGUUUGGUAGUUUAGACUUGCAUUCCAGUUUCAUUGCUAGAUAACAAGAAUUCACUGAGUAGUCAUCAAAUCUAGGACCCGGGUUGAUAAUUAAACCUAAACCCGCUAUACUACGCUUUAGGAAGUGGUUUCACUUGGCCAAUUCCUAGGGUGACAGUAGAAGUGAGUCAGUUCCACCUUCCGGAGGGGGAAAUGACGAUCACCCUCAAAGACGUGGAGAUCCUCACCGGGCUGCCGAUUUCUGGAGAUGCCAUCAUUGGUUCCACUACCAAACCCGAAGGAGGUUGGGGGCCGCUCAUACUUGCAGAAUUGGGAUUUGACAUGCCGACCACCACACCAAUUCAAGGACGGGGCAUCCACCGUUGAAUGCGGGACAAGUGUCGGUCCCGUGGCUGGUAACUCACAUCCAGAAUGAGGUGGAAAUCAAUGACGAGACUCCGGAAGAUCAAGUGGAGCGCUAUGCACGCAUCUACCUCAUUGGUCUGGUGGGUGGAUUUCUGUUCCCCGACAAAGUCAAACCGGUGGAUUCAAGGCAUAUGGUUGCCAUUGUUCAUUGGUGACUGGGACGCAAUCGGGGAAAAGAUUUGGGGAUCAGCCGUGUUAGCUGGCAUAUACCGGGAGCUGUGCACUUGCUCGAAGGUGGGAGCAAAACAAGCUGGUGCUGCGAUGUUUAUCCUACAGCUGUGGGUAUGGGAGCAUCUUCCAAUGUUCGCACCUCUAGUCCCACGUCCAUACCUGAGAGCCGAUGAUGAGCUAAACUUUCUGCAAAAUCCCCCUUACGGUGUCAAGUAAGUUUAUUCCGUACUUAGCCUAAUUUAAAAUUAUUCCAUGAUUAGCUAGAUUUCAAUUAAAAUUAUUCCGUACUUAGCCUAAUUUAAAAUUAUUCCAUGAUUAGCUAGAUUUCAAUUGAAUUUAUUCCAUACUUAGCCUAAUUUAAAAUUAUUCCAUGAUUAGCUAGAUUUCAAUUAAAUUUAUUCCGUACA